AUGGCGCUCCUCGCGCCGAGCCCGCGCGCGCUCUGCGUGCGGGAGGCCGCGGCGGCGGCGCCGCACCCGCACUCGUCGGUGGGCGCCGCGUGCUCAACGGUCGGCGGCGGGGCGGCCGGGCGGACGCUGUGGCUGUGGAACGGCGGAGGGACGGGGAGGAGGCGGAGGGAGCGCCGGGAGAGGGUCCGGGCGGAGGCAUACUUCUGGGACGUGUCGAAGCCGGUGGAGAUGGAGGAGAUCGACAGCAUGGAGAAGCUCGACGACGCGCUAAGGUGGUCCGUCGAGAACAACCAGCCCGUCAUCAUCGACUGGAUGGCAAGUUGGUGUCGGAAAUGCAUCUACCUGAUGCCCAGAAUGGAGAAGAUAGCAGGAGAAUAUCCUGGAGUCAGGUUUUACUUCAUUGAUGUUAAUAAAGUUCCACAAGCGGUGGUGAAAAGAGGAAAUGUAACUAAAAUGCCCACUAUUCAGCUAUGGAAGGAUGGAGAGUGGAAAGCAGAAGUAAUAGGAGGCCACAAAGCUUGGCUUGUGAUGGAUGAGGUUAGAGAAAUGAUCCAACAGAACAAGUGA